UUUUUUAGUUCGACAUUCAGAGAAGUUAACAAGUUCUAAAAUACAUAGUGUCCAAUUAAAUAGAAACGAAAACAAAAAAAAAACGAAACAAAUUUCAAAUCAAAUUCGAUACAAAAAAAGAACGAAACAUAAAAAAGAGAAGGAAAUUAAUCAGCGAUAUUCAAAGUAUAUUUAUCAGUGAAAGAUAUCGAAGAAAAAGCACACACGCUCAUUUCGCUUGUCGUGUUGCGUGGGGACUGAGAAAUCAUUACGCGAGAAAACAGCUAAAAAAAAUAAGCAGAAAAAAGCAAACAACCGAAAUAAGAACAAACAUCGAUUUGAAUGCUUUUGUGGCACAAGAUCGCCGAUCUUUCUUUCUAUCCGCAAACAUCAAUCGCACAAAAAAUGAACUUAUUAAAAAUAAUUUAGUGUUGGUUUGGUUGGUAAAACGCAGAAAAUAGCAGCGAAAAAAACCCGAAGAAGCUGAAGAAAAAGGGAAAGAAAGAAAAAUAUAUUGUUUAGUAGUGCUUUUUUUUGUUCAUUUUGAUACGACGUUAACGAAGCAGAAAAAUCGUAUAUAUUUGAAACGAUCGGGGAGCAGAAUCAUCCGAACAGAAAGUAACACCAGCAGUAGUUAUAACAAAAAUAACAACAAGAAAAAUAUACCCCAUAACGGAUCGAACACACAACGUAUAGAGUGACGUGAAUAAUCUCAUAUCUUGGAGCGUUGUUGGCAGUGCAAAAUUGGUGGCGUGGUGCACAUAUGCACGAUACAAACAGCUGAACCAGACAAACAGAACACACAAACAUUCGAUCGGACGACUGAGUUUUUUUUUCUUUUCAAACGAUGGAUUCGUUUUGGAUACAAAUUUUAAUCGGCGCCGUUAUUAUUUUACACAGUUGUUCAUGUGAAAAACGUCUUAUUGAAUAUGCGCCACCAUGGCAACCUGUGGCGAUACCAGCGGCCGCACCACAAUUAAUUAGCAUCGGCAAUUUUGAUGCAACGAAUAAAGCGCAAAUUGCACAAAUUGCACAUCACAAUGCGCAAAUACUGCGGCAAAUCAAAGGACUUCAUCCACCAGUUACACAAUAUCUCAAUCCAUUUCCGGUAUUUCCAUCGGUUAAUUCACCAAAACACGUCGUAAUGACGGCUAGCGCAUUGCCAGCUCAUAAUGUUCCAACGACGCAACACUUGCUGUCCAGCAGUUCGAAUGUUGCACAAACGGUGAUGCCACAAACGGUCAUGAAAUCGUAUCUCAGCGGUAAACCGACAUAUAUUAGUGCUGGCAAACCGCCAGAGUUUAAAUUCUUCAAUGGAAUGGCAUCAUCAAAAGGUCCGCCAGUUUUCUUAAGUCAAACCAGCAGCAGUAUGCCAUCACUUCAAAUAUUCAGCACAACUAGCCGUGUACCAAUUUUGAGAGAUGUAACAUUGAGUUCACCAUCAUCGAUGUUUAAAUCAACGCAAUUGCCAAAUCCACCAAAAUUCCAAGCGCACAUGACAUUUGGUCCCGCACGGCCGGCAGCAUCAAAUCAAAUACCUGGCCAAAUUCUCUCAUCGUAUACACACUUUGGACCGGCCGCACCACAAAUACUACGCAGUGAACCAAAACAACGCAUUCGUGCCAAUUUCCUAACCGCACCAUUUGAUCCCUAUCAUUUUGCUAAUCCAUAUGCAGGUCAUUUAACAGCCGGCGGUCAUUUUGUGGCGAAGAAUAAUUUCGCAAAUUCUCUAUAUUUCCCGCAUAAUGGUCUCGGUUCAUAUCAAUUGACAAACACCUUCAUUGCAAGCCCACAAAAACCAAAUUCACAACCAUUUAUACAGUCGCCACAGCAACAACAACAACAUGGACCAAUUCAACCAGUUGGACCACCACAAUUACCUGAAACGCAACCAUCUUACUUACCACAAUUGCCAACCGUACCGCCGAGCGUAUUAUCGCCAUUCUUCCAAGUCCAGCAAAAGCAACAAGAUGUUUCAACAACUCCAGCUCCGCAAAGUGUGCAAGAGUCACCACAAAACAGCCAUUCAAAUACAUUUUUAUUGAAUGAUGAGUAUGCGAUAAAUUUGGUACCGCCACCACCGUAUAAACACACUGAUUCAACGCGUUUCCGAUUACGUCAACCGCCACCAUCGACACCGUCAACACUCACAUCACCAUCAGUACCAAGUACAAAUUCAACUCCAAUUGGUCCACAUGGCAAUGAUGAACAUAUAUACGAUGAUGAACAGAAAAAAGCGAUGGACAUUUUAAAUAAAUAUAAUAUUCCGGCAAUUUCACCGUUACAAGAUGCAAAUCGUUAUGCAUAUAGUUCGGGACAAUUUACACAUCCAAGUUCAACACCAUCUUCGUAUUCGGAUGAGCAAAUAUUCCAGCGAUGGCCAGUACACGAUAACAGUUUAUCAAAUUCACCAUCGUUUACCACUGAAAAGCCAAACAUAUUCCGUAAUUUGAAUCGACCUAUGGAAAGUGAAUACCAUCAACAUAAAAUAAUGCAUCCCGGCUAUACAGGAGCCAGACGACCAAUUCCACCAGCCACAACACCAUUCUUACCGACACAAGACUCAUUGAACAAUGCAAUUACGCACAGUUUCUUUACAAUUGAAGAUGCAAUCACAAUUUCACCACAUACACACUAUAGACGACCCGUUAAACCAACAAAUACCAAUGAAAUCGAAGCAAGCAUUAAACGACCAUCGAAUGAUAUCUAUACGGAAUCGGCAUCAAUUGAUCCAUUCCAUGGUUAUGGAAAGGAUACAGACACAGAUAUAGUUACAAUACCACCACAAUUGCCACCACUACAACCAAUCACAUCGACACCAAGGCCACGGAAUAAAUUGCGUCGCAAGCGUCCACGGCCAACAACCGAAAGUACAUCAACGAUUGAUGCCGAACGUAAUCAAAUUAAAAACUCUGAAUUUGACGAUCCAACCAAUGAAGUUUUAGCCACGGAAAUGCCGAAAAAUCACAAAGAAUAUACAGCGACCAGAGAUCGUGGCCAAUUGCUUCAAUAUACCAGAGAAACAACCACAGAAAUUCCACGUGAACAAUCGACAAGCGGUUAUCGAAAUAGUAAUCGAGUAAGGAAUCGAACACGGAUUUCAGCACCAUUCGAAUCAAGAUUUGAACCAAGCACCACAUCAUCACCAGUUCGACCAAAACGACCAUACAAUCCAGAAAAUCGAAGACCAAAUAAUCGAUUUGAAGGUGCACUCGAAAAUAGAGUCAACCAACGGCUAAGACCAGUAGCUGAAAAAUCAACACGUUUUCCACUUGAUGAAAAUGAACAAACGACAAUUGGACAACGCGAGUACAGUCGACCAUCAAGAAGACCAUUGACAACACAACAGGCCAUUCCAAUUUCAACCACAAUACAAGAUGAAACUGAAACUCAUGAUUUCUUCUUCGAUACAAAGCUGUCGAACAAAAUCAGAAACAGUAGCCCAUCAAAUAUCAUAACUACAUCAUUAUUGACACCCACCAUUGAAAGUGGCGAUCAUCUUCUCGAAGAGAAUGGCUCGAUUUUAUCAACUCGCUUAAAUGUUGCAAAUGAACCAUUGCCAACGCAUGAACCAGAAGAUUCAACCAAUAUCGAUGACGAAGAAUUGGCCACACUAGAGCCACAAACUCAAGACAGUAUAUCGUUGAGCAGUCCAUCGUCGUCGUCAUCAGCAUCGUCGACAUCAACAUCAUCAACAUCAACAAUUGGUUCAACGUCGUCGGAAAAGAGUGAAAUCAGCAAUGAAUCAAUACCAUCCGAUGGUCCGGUAUACAUUCGUGAUGAAAAUAAAGUUGAAAUUAGUAAUUUCCGUACGCGACAACGUAUGCGAAACAAGGAGAAAAUCUUGGAAGCAGUCGCCGCUGCAACAUCAUCGCAAACAAAAGCGGUUACCAAAGAUCGUGGCCAUGGAUAUGCCCAUCACAAUGAAGUGAAUGACAUUGAAAAUGAAUCAUCACCAUCGUCAUCAACGGAAAAAGAGUCACGACUACGUGUUCGAUUGCCGGUUUACAAAGCUGGACCAAAGCAAAGCGGUGAAGAUGUUCACAUAAAUAAUGUUACAAAAGCCAUUCGUCUGAAUGGAACGAAUAAGUUCGAUCCAAAGAAUCGGCCACGUUUCAGCAUCAAAGAAUAUCGCCAACGAAUGAGCUCAACAACACCAACACCCGAUCAAUCAACGAAUAAUGUCGUUUCAACAACAGCAUCAUACACAAGACUUCGGUUCCCAACACGUCAACGAGUUUUACCAUCUGAGCUAAAAAAUAGAACGCAAGAUUCGAAUAAAAUCGAUGAAAAACCGAAUAUAAUUUAUCCGGAAAAAUCAACCAUUGAACCGUUAUCGUCGUCGUCUUCAUCAUCAUCAUCAACCGAAUCGGGCGUUUCAUCAUCGGAGACAACACGAAAACGUUUUGUACCAAAAGAUCGUUAUAGCAGUCGUUUAAAGACAACCACCGAAACAAUAUCCGAAGGUCAAACGAUCGCAUCGCCAACAUCACCAUCACAGCAAUCAACAGCAAAACCACCACUUAGACGAGUUAGCACACGACGCGAUUCAUUGAUAAAUCGCAAUCGAUCCAGUUCAACCACCACCGAUAAUCCAUCGGAUGCAUCAAAUACCGUAUCACGAAUUCCAGUCAUACGAAAUGGUACGGUUCCAUUAAGACGUCCACAACCGCCAACUCUGCGACAACGUAUACAAAAUAAAAAGAAUAAAGAUGGCAUUUCGUCGACAAUCAGUGCCGAUGAAUCAUUAAACGAUUUGGCCGUUGAAGGUUCAUCCGAAGAUAAAGUUCGAAUGAGCAGCAACGAAGUAGCACCAAGCACCAGCACCAGCACCGAAGAAUAUAAACAUGAAACGGCUAUUAUGAAAAUUGCCAAAGACGAUCAUUCAUAUCGACCGUACAAAGAGAAAGCAACAACCGAAAAAUCGAAAAAUGAUGGUUCAACAAGUUCAAGUUCAGAAAAUGACCUAAAUGAUAGCCCAUCGGAGCAAUCCGAACGCGUUGCUGAAUUGACAAUAUUCGGCAGCAAUCAAUUUAAUUCGGUAAAUACGGGAAGUGCAUCACGUCGUAUUCCCGGCUACUUUACCCUAGCCACUGAAGAUCCAAUUUUACCAAUCGAAGCAUUCUUUCCACAAGUCAAACGAAGCAAAUAAAUAAACUCUCUAUGAAAGAAGAUGAAAAAGAAAUAAACACAUUUUCUAAGUUCCGAAUUGCGCUGAUUUUAACACAAACUGCUACAAAUGGCAUUCCAAUUUCAAAGUUAAUGACAGGAUCGUGAAAUUUUAUCGUUACACAUUUUUUUUCUCGCUAGCAUAUUGUGAAAGGGGGAAGGAAUUUGUUUUUCAUAAAAUUAUUUCGAUGCGUAUCGAUUUUUUAUUUAAAUGUCGUGAAUUUUAUUAAGUAGUUAAUUUUCCAAUAGUUAAUAGCGUUCAUGAUGUACGCAUUAAAACUCUUUUUAUGUAACGGAAUCAUCGUUUGGUAUAGAAAAAAGAAAACAUUUUUCGAAAUCAUAUAUU